UCAAAGGUGAAGUCAAACCUCAUCAACCACAUGGAGGCGUGGCUGAAUAUCUCAGCCACUGUCACUUCUCUCUGGAGGACCUGCGAGGCAAUGCUGUCGAAAGGCUGGUACAAGAUCCUGCAUAACAGGGGCUCCAGGAAGCUGACCAACACAUUGAGCACCCGCUGGCAGAAGGACAUGUGGUCUGUGUUCAGGGUAAAAAAUCGGGGGGCAAAGGAGGGAGGGCUGGGGCAGGCCGUGGCUGCAAAAUCCAGGCCACACGGAAUCCCGCGCAGCAAAAAAACAAAAGGGACAGAGAGGUGCUCUGCCAGGAUUGCCCCAGUAGGCACCACGGGGUCCGUCAGCACAGCAUCAAACUGCUGGUCCCGAAGGUACAGUUCCAUCAUCAAACAGAACUCCAGCUGGUCGCAGACGGCCAUGUCCCUCACCAGGUCGGUCCGUCGCUGUCAGGACCACGCCGGGCGGAGCUCGUCCCGGGGUUUCCCUGCCCCUGCGCCGGAGAGCAGGUGCGGCCAAUCGCACGAGGCCAAAGCUAGCCAUACCCAAUCCGCCUCCCUCCAGAAGAGGACCUCCCAGCCCUGGACCUGGCCCGACCGCGACCCGGGCAGGUACGGCCGAGCCGGGGGAGGCCCGCGGGCGCAGGGGCGGAGGAGGGGAAGGGGGUGGAGGGAGACGCUGAGCGGCGGUUCGGAAAACAGCAUCGUCAUCAGCGACGAGGGGACGGACUGGGAGGCGUCGGAGGAGGCCGACGGCGGCAGGAUGACGAGCAGCCCCAUCGAGGUCGCCGACGCCGGCGUCAACGCGCUCUGGGUCUUGGACGAUGACGACGACGGGUUCCAGGACAGAGAGCACGAGGCCCGGGAUCGAGAUGGCGUCAUUUCUUUACCGGACGUUGAGCAGGAGGUUCUGGAAUUUGGGGGAGCUGUAGAAGAGGAAGACCACGGCUCUCGCUGUUCAUCUACAGCAUCUGGCCCCACCCUUUCUGCUGACCUCGCCCUCCAGUCGCCCUGUCCAGCCUGUGCCAAGCUCUUCAGAAAAAUGGGAAAACUCAAACACUGGGAGAAAAGCAUUGAAUACGAUCCUACGUCAUUGUCAUGUGACCAAUGGGUGUUGAAGAAAAUUUGGAGGCCAAGAAACCUGCCAAACAGAAAAGGAGAGCUUUGGACGCAUCUUGGCCGAAUAAGGAAGAGAGCUUUGAGCAGCACAGAGGCUGGAGAAACAGAACAGCCAAAGACCUCGUGCUCAAGACCUCAUGUGUUUCUGCACAGAAACCUUUUGCUAUGCAAGAGAAAGGAAGCCCUGGGUCACCUACGACCUUGCCACAGGAGAACAAAGGUUGAUUCUCGUCGGGGGGUCGUCCAGGUCAGAGCGAAGGAGAGCAGGAGGCAGAAGAAGAGGAAGUUGUGCGAGAUAGGGCCACAGGAGGAGGGGCCGCUGCACGCACAGGACACCAGCUUCAGCAGCGGGGAGGAGGUGGCCGCGCUGGACGUCAGCGACCGCAGCGACGGCAAAGGCAGGAACACCGCCUGCAGGAAACUGUUCAGUGGGCCGUCCGUCAGCCCCGAUCCUCACAGGCAGCGCCAAGAGCCCCAGCCCCAGAAAACCACACAGCAGGACAUGGAAACGGAUGCACGCUGCACGUCGCUUCCCUCAGCAGCCAGGAGGAGGAGUAAGACAUUUAAGGCUUCACCUGAGAGGGGCGCCCUGGGUCACUGUCCCUGGGUGCGGGACGGGGGCUUUAGGUCCAUGCUGGCGGAGCUGGAAGGAAACCGAAACCUGGUGGUCCACGAGCUUGACCGCUUGUCAGUGAAUAAACUGAGAAAAUGUGUGUAAUUACUCAAUGUUCGCCAUUUCCCUGUGUAAAAUACAAAGUGGUUCACUGUUUAAAUGUUAAUCUUGCAGUUACUUUAUUUACAUUUAAUUUUAUCUGUGUGGCACAUUAAAAAUCGCACAUUACAAUUACA